UAUCGUACAACGUAUUAUCGUCUGUUUAAAGGCCGAUAAAAUAAUCAGUACAAUUUUUCUCAAUUGCAUACCUUCCCUUUUUUUGACAUUCUGGUUACGGCCCUGUGUAAUUUAAGCUAGGAAAUAAUGUGCGUCUAUACAAUCCCAGCUCUACUGCCUUGCGGUUUCUGAUAAUUUAUGAGCUUUAAAUUUGCUUAGAAAAAGGUAUGCACUUAUUGUAAAGUUAUGCGUAAGCGUUUAAAAGGCUGGACAUGAGCAGCAUAAAUUGCGCGCUAUUAUGGCCGUGUUAGGACUGAAACCAACAUCUCUCCUCACUCACUUGAAAAAUCAAAUAAAAACAUGGCGAUUGCUUGAGUCUCCGCACGUUGCAAAUUUGAACUACGUAUUGAACGUGUUUUACGAACGGUAACUGUUGUUUCAAGCCUGGAAAUAACUUUACAUCAUUAAAUUUUUUCAAGACAAUCGCAUUGAAGCACGGAUUUGUGCAGGAUAGCGAAAAUAUCAUCAACAUGGCCCGUCCUCUACGAGAGAUACAACCGACACAGACGUCAAAGUUGAAAUUGUAUUCAAGUUCAACAGUCGAGUGUCUGGAGCGCCUAGAAGGAAACGGUGAUACGGCAAGGAGAAUUUGCGGUAAAUCUAGUCGAUGUGGAAGGUAUUCGUGGCUGUUUCGUGGUUCUGCACUGGAGGUUAUCAAUCCAGUUUCUGGUUGUCGUCUUUCGGCCUGGCGGUUUGGGUGGAGUGUGGGCAAAAAAUUAUCGUUAGUCAUCAGUUGUGCCAUAGAAUAUCCAACUUCCAAUGGCAUAUAUAUACUGGUCGGCUUGCAAAAUGUUACAGUCAACACUGGUAUGUUGUGUGUAUUUGAUCCUGUACUAUCAAGAGUUAUCAAGGCCAUUGAACUUCCAAGAAGCAUCACAUUUAUUGAAUAUUUGACAACAUCUGGAGGAGUCAAUGCACCACAUCAUUCGAUUAGCUCUUCGUUGUGCGAGUUUUAUGGAUGUGUAGCUGUUGGUGCACGUGGUGGUCACGUGUACCUAGUCGACCUUCGUUUGGACGAUGAUGUUGAGGAAUUUGACGAAUGGAAUCCGAGCACUUUGGAAAUUGUUGACGCGGAUGAUCCCGACACUGAAGUGCACAGGAUAAGCUCAAGAGAGAAUGGCACACAUGUCGCCUUCGAACUCGGAGGUGAAUGUCACGACUUUGGAAGAUUUACUUAUGUUUCAUCCGAAGGCGAAGAUCUUGGCAGUUAUCCUUCAAAUGACGUAAGCGUGACAUGUUUAGCGUACAUACGACAGUUGGGUUCAUUGAUUGUUGGAUACAGCUUCGGUUGCUUUCAAAUUUGGGAUUUGGAACAACAUACGAGAGAGUUCAGCAGUUCGUUCGGUGUGUAUGUUUUACCUGUGACUCAUGUAACAUACCAGGAGCCUGAGAACGACCCACGUUUGUGCUGUUACCUGUGGGUUGCACGUGGACAGACUGGAGACGAGGAUGUUGAAGAUAUGGCCACUACCACCAUAACCUUGUAUCAGUUGAUCUACGAGCGAAAAGAAAAUUUACCGGGUUAUGGUCGUGUGUUAAAGGACUUUUCUGGCUGCGGUGGACGAUUCGAACACCAGCUGACAGGCGAUCCUUACCAUUUGGCAGAUGCCACCACUUGUGGCAGUAAAGUACUUUGUUUUUACACGUUAGAUCGGGACGAGGUAACAGUGGACGUGACGAGGAUGGACGAUAGUUCUGACGAAAUCGUAUCACGUGAUCUGACCUUGGUGGUGUGUGUCUGGGAAGCUCCGGCUGUGGAACUCUAUUCCAGUCCUUCGUGUCACAUGGCAGUGUUCGACAUCAAUCGCUGGUACCACUCACAGAUGCCCCCAAGUGUGAGGGAUGCGAUGUACGGCAGCAAGGAUCCCACGUGUCCUUUCUUAUCCGUUUAUUCACUCGCUGAUGUAUUGGAUACUGCAACACCGGAUGCUCUUGUUGAUGUGUCUGUUCGGCCGAAUGAAAUAACAAGAUUUUCAACGACUUACGGAGCUCUACCUGAACAAUUCUUUUGGGCGUCUUCAUUGACAUUUGAUGUCGCGUGCUUGAUGGAGACGGGCGUAGUCAGUGCUUGCUUUUAUGGAGCGCAGUUACAAGUUUUGAAUGAUCUAAAGAGAGAAGGGAUCAACGCUUUGAACGAUGCCUACGAAUAUUUCCAUAGAUGUUGGACAGCCAGUUUGAUGCCGAAGAACUUCGACUUCUCUCGUGCUCAGGAAAAGACGUUUCAAGUUGAAGGCCUGUUGUCCGUCGCUUUGGAGCACAAUCUGACCUCGUUUAUUAUAUCUUGUAUUCAAGAACUUGGCGAAGAUAAUAUCACGUACGCUGGAUGCAAUUUACGUGUCAUCUUGGAGUGGGCCUGGGAUCAAGUGAUCCAAAUGAAGCAUCACCUGGAUCAGUUGUGUGUACCUUUGUUUGAUGGUACGGGUAUAUUUGUGGAUAAUCAACUUGUCGCCAUCUUGGAUCAUUACAGUGUACAGCUGAAUAAUCUCGUUGAUAUCUUUGAAACUUUGUCUUCUGCCGCGCUAACAACGGAACAAGGUGUAAAGGAACUUGAGUCACAGCAUACUGUGUGCUUUCUAUUAAACCAGUAUCUUCGGGUCGUGUUGUUCUUUGUAAAACAAAGACUUUUACCUGAGCUGUUUGACAAUAACGAAGAAGGAGAAUUAAGUUCCCAGUACUAUCCGGGCGAUGCUCUUUUGCGGGAGUACGCCACCCGAAGAAAGGAGUUGAAACAGUGUGAUAGUGAUUCUUUAGGAAGUCUGAUGAUUGACCGCAUUUUAUCGACAGUAUGCGAGAAUAUGGACGAAAGUCUGUGGACAUCUGGAAACCGCUGGCCGGAUUUGUACCCUUCGCCAAACUUGCAUGCUUUGUGUAGUUUGAUUCUGCAGGAGAAAAUUAAUCCAACUUCAAAGAUUUGUAUUAUAUAUUAUGCUUUGCUCGAUCUAUGCUCGUUAAAUCCGCAAUUUCGAACGAAAAAGGUUGCGGAUAAAUUUGCUGCUGCCUUUGGACUUCAACCGGUUCUAGUCAAGCUUUUUCAUGGAUUUUGGUGCUUGGAUCACAAAGACUUUGAUAAUGCGUUGAAAGACCUUAUCGCAUCUGCCGAUCAACUAAACUUGGCCCCUUGGCAAAACUCUCACAUCGUUCGUUUGUUUUUGGAGCAAGGUGAAAGCAAAAGGCACUUCUGUUCAUUAAUUCAGUGAAGCCUGCGAUGAUAUCUUCAGCGGAUGUCGGACUUCAUCUGUCUGUUUUGAUAAAGAAUGGUCUAAUUUUCGAGGCGUUUCAAUUUCAGCGCGAAUGUCGUGACCCAGUUAGAAGAGAAGAGCUCCUGCACUAUUUCUUUAUGGGAUGUCAUGAAUGCAAGAGUAUGAACAAGAUUUUAAAACUUCCUUUGGGUAAAGUUGAAGAGGAAUAUCUCAUCAGAUUUCUGAAUGAGCUACCAUUCCCCCACGCGCGUGAACUGCUCGUCAUGUUCUACCUUCAGCGAGGAUUCUAUGUCGAAGCCAUUCGCCUUAACGAAUUUCUGAAACAGGAC